GGAUACGUGCCAGCGCGCGCCUGCCGCGUCGGCAUCCCCGGAGCGCAGCAGGCCGCGGCUGCUGCAGCUAGAAUCUGAGGCCGCUGUUGCUACAGUGGCGCGGCGGGGUGGGGCAGAUGGCUGCGACCGCGGUGGCUGCAGGAACCGGGGCCUCGGCGGGGUCCGAGUCGUCUGAGGGUCCCCCGGGGUCGGCGGCAGCGCUGGAGCUGUGGCUCAACAAAGCCACAGACCCAAGUGUGUCAGAACAGGAUUGGUCAGCUAUCCAGAACUUUUGUGAGCAGGUGAACACCGACCCCAAUGGCCCGACACAUGCGCCCUGGCUGCUGGCCCACAAGAUCCAGUCUCCACAAGAGAAGGAAGCUCUGUAUGCCUUGACGGUGCUAGAGAUGUGCAUGAACCACUGCGGGGAGAAGUUUCAUGGUGAGGUGGCCAAGUUCCGCUUCCUGAAUGAGCUGAUCAAGGUGUUAUCGCCAAAAUACCUAGGGGCCUGGGCCACAGAAAAAGUUAAAGGAAGAAUUGCUGAAAUACUCUAUAGCUGGACUGUGUGGUUUCCAGAAGACAUCAAGAUCCGAGAUGCUUACCAGAUGCUGAAGAAACAAGGAAUCAUUAAACAAGAUCCUAAACUACCAAUGGAUAAAAUCUUACCCCCACCUUCUCCCUGGCCCAAGAGCUCCAUCUUUGAUGCUGAUGAAGAAAAGUCAAAGCUUCUGACACGGCUUCUGAAGAGCAGCCACCCGGAGGAUCUUCAGGCUGCAAAUCGGCUGAUCAAGAGCUUGGUCAAAGAGGAACAGGAGAAAUCAGAGAAGGUGUCCAGGAGAGUCAGCGCGGUGGAGGAGGUGCGAAGCCAUGUGAAGGUGCUGCAGGAGAUGUUGAGCAUGUACCGCCGGCCAGGGCAGGCCCCGCCAGACCAGGCAGCCUUGCAGGUUGUGUAUGAAAGGUGUGAGAAGCUGCGGCCCACACUGUUCCGGCUGGCGAGUGACACCACUGAUGACGACGAUGCACUUGCCGAGAUUCUCCAGGCAAAUGACCUCCUUACUCAGGGAGUUCUGCUGUACAAACAGGUCAUGGAGGGUCGUGUCACCUUUGGGAGCACAGUGACCAGCUCAGUGAAAGACACACCUGUCUCCAGAGUCUUCCAGAAUCCAGCAGACAGCAUGAAGAAUUGCCCCUUGAUUGACCUGGAGGUGGACAGUGGCCCUGAGCAGGCUGGGUCUGUGGCACCAUCUUUGCUUCAUCAGGACUUGGCAGCCUUAGGGAUCAGUGAUGCUCCCAUCAAGGGCAAGGUUGCUGGCCAGAAAUGCUGUAAAGAAAAGGAGAAUCCCACCACCAGCACACUACCCGGAGGUGAUAAUCUAAAGAGUUCUUCUGCAGACAGGAACUUACUGGACCUUCUGUCCCCACAGCCUACUCCAGGGCCUCUGAAUUAUGUUCCACAGAAAAGUAUCCCCAAGGAAGUGCCACCAGGUACUAAAUCAUCUCCAGGUUGGUCCUGGGAGGCUGGCCCGUUGGCUUCUUCCCCCGCCUCUCAGAAUACACCUCUGGCUCAAGUGUUUGUCCCUCUGGAGUCUGUAAAGCCCAGCAGCCUGCCUCCUGUUAUUGUGUAUGAUCGGAACGGCUUCAGGAUUCUGCUCCACUUCUCCCAGACGGGGGCACCUGGCCACCCAGAGGUGCAAGUGUUACUGCUGACCAUGAUGAGCACUGCUACCCAGCCUGUCUGGGAUAUCAUGUUUCAAGUGGCAGUGCCAAAGUCCAUGCGAGUGAAGCUGCAGCCAGCAUCCAGCUCCAAGCUUCCUGCAUUCAGUCCUUUGAUGCCUCCAGCUGUGAUAUCUCAAAUGUUGCUGCUUGACAAUCCACACAAAGAACCUAUCCGGUUACGGUAUAAGCUGACAUUCAACCAGGGUGGACAGCCCUUCAGCGAAGUAGGAGAAGUAAAAGACUUUCCUGACCUGGCUGUCUUGGGGGCAGCUUAACUUUUCACAAGAUGGACCCUUCAAGUCAAGCUUUGACUGUGUUCUCUUGCUGUCUUGUCAGGACUAGUCAUGGUGAUUUCGUGCAGAGUGCCAAGAAUUCUAUCCUGAUGUUAGGCUCUGAAUGCUAACCUCUGACCUGUUUGUUUUUCAGAGACUGUGCGUGUGUGUUGUCAGGGGCUGGGGGUGGGGAAAGCAGGGCUUGGAAUGUGGGCAGUGUGGGAGAUGCCAAAGCAUUUCUGAUGACCAUCUCUGCUGCAAUCCUGUUUCUGCAUGUUGGCGGACACUGAUGUCUCUGCCUCAGGUUGGAAGUUUUAUAAGCCAAAGUUUAUUUCAUGUAUUGUUAUCUGUUGGUUCAUCCACGCUGUGCCUUGUCAGCCUCUGAAAGUCUUGGUUGCUCCUAGGCUGCUGUUCUCAGGGACCUUAAAAGGGACCUGGUUGGUCUUGGGGCAGAGAGUGUCAUCCAAGGCACUCUCUUCCAAGAAAGACCUUGUCUCCAUUUUCAUUCAGGAAUGCUGCUUGCAUGUGUUGGGAAAGAUCUCCUAAAUAGAAUGCUUGUUGCACUGUUUCCAGAUGAGGGACUGCCGUGAGACCAGAAGACCACACUUUUUGAGCCAAUCACGUCCUUCACCACUGUGCCUUAAGUUGCCCUUGAGGGAUCUCUGGGGCAGGAGGAAAGCAGACUCUAGGCCUUGCACAGGCCUCAGGUUCUUUGGGUUGAACAGCCUGUCUGGGCCCUUACUCAGGACCCUCAUUUCUGUCCUCAUUCUGUUUGUUCACAAGCAUUUUCUCAAAUCUCUUUGUGAUACCAUGUUAUAAAUCAUAGCAGGUCAACUCUUGCCUAUUGACUUCACAAUGCAAGAUGUGGAACUCUGAUGUAGAUAGGAAAAGAGUUCAGCAGUGAUUUAAGUAGUGACUAAAUAUAGAAAACCAUUUAAUAAAUACCAUGUAGUGAAUCUGCCUUGUGGAGUAUUGAAUAGGUAGGAGAUGCAGAGCCAAUUGUUUUUAGGGUUAUAGGCCAGAAGAGAAUUUUCUCCUGUUAAGAAGAAAAAUUUGAUGAAGGAUGUAGAGCUUUACCUGCCUUAGUGGGAGCAAAGAAAGAUCUGAGGAAAUCUGGAAGUGGGUUACUCUUAUAUAUGAAGGGGGAAAUUCAGGCAUAUAAAUAGUUCUUAGUGCUUGCUUGUGUGCUGGGAACUUUGAUGUGCAUGUUUAGCAAGUCCUGCUUGGCCAGUUCAGUAGGAGAAGGAAUGUGAGCCUGGCUGAGGUGGAUUGAGGAAGGGCUGAGAAGUUGGCAGGAUUCUGCCUCAGAAACUUAAUAUUCUGUUUAGAACUCUUAGUUACAGGGUCUGGUGCUCUUGGCAUUUUUUUUGACUUCUAUGUAUAAUUAGAAGUCUAAGGGCUGGGGAUUUAGCUUAGUGGCAUAAGCGCCUGCUUUGCAAGUGUACGGUUUGAUUCCCUGCACCAAAAAAAAAAAAAAAAAGUCUGGGUGAGUGUGGUGGUGCAUGCCUAUAAUCCUAGCACUUGGGAGGCUGAGGCAGGAUCACUGCAAUUUUGAGGCCAGCCUUAACUAUGCAGUGAGACCUUGUCUCCAAAAAGAAGAACAAAACAAAACAAAAAGUCUGCCAGCAUUAUUUGGUGGGAAUGAGUUGGAUAAUUUUUAAGCAAAUGUGAAAAUUUAUAAACUAUAAAUGGGGAAGCCAGGCAUGGUGGUGCAUGCCUAAAAUCCCAGCACCCUGGAGGCUAAAGCAGGAGGACUGUUGCAAGUUCAAGACCAGCUUGGGUUACAAACUAAGCUCAAGGCCAGUAUGAACUGCAUAGCAAGAACCUAUCUCAAAAAACAAAACAAAAACCAAACAAUGGGGGUGGAUUCUUCAUUUGACAUAAUUCAUGUAAGACUUAACUUUUUUUUUUUUUUUUUUGUAUUUUUACCAGUACCAGGGAUUGAACUCAGGACCACAUGCUUGCAAGGCAGGCACUUAUGCCGCUGAGCUAAAUCCCCAGCCCCAAGACUUAACUUUAAUCUGAAAUGAUAUUCAGGUGUUCUUAACUUUUGUAGAUGCCUUAGCUAUUACAUAAAGUCUUCCAGGAAUACCCACCAUAAUCACAUGUGCCUAUGAAGAACUUGUCAUGGGACACAUGGAAACACAGGCUUUUUAUCUUGUAAUUGGAAGGUAAAUUCUUACAUGCACCUAAAGAUCCUUCUGUUUCCAGGAGAAAAUGGUACCUUGCCUAGAUAGGGUUGGACAGAAUAGGGUAUCGCCCAGCCAUGACUCAGGUGCUGUUGUGGGCAUUAUAGAUAUUUUGAUGAAGGUCUUCUGGUGAGGGAUGCAUUCAUAGUGUGUCAGCUGGACACCUGACUGUAAACAGUGAGUAUACUUUCUUGUUUUUGGUCCGUAAUCAUUGACCUACCUCUGCCCCUUAAAUGUGGUGGCCUUAAGGGUCUUUUAAAUCUAUACAGACAGCUUGGCAGUCAUAUCCUUUGAAACCAUCAGAUGAAUCUAGCCCUCCACAUCUGUAUUUCACACUGUCAGUAGAUGUCUUUAUCUAGGGUGCCACUGUUGCUUCUGAACCCAUCCCCUUGCACCUGAGCCUUAAUGGAUCCUGGAUUCCUGCUUCAUCUGUAUAUCCACUGUUCUGUUUCAUAGAGUAUGUUUUCUAGAUGUUGCCACAUCCAACCUCACUUGUAAUCCCAGUGCUCCUGGAGGCUGAGGCAGCAUGUUGAAGGCCAGCCUUACUAAUUUAGUAACUUAGCAAAAAUCCUGUCUUUAAAACAAAAGGGGCUGGAGCUGUUCAGUGGAAGGAUCUUGAGUUUAAUCCUCAGUACUGGAAAGGAAAAACCUUGAAGUAGAUCUACUAAUAUCAGACAAAAUGAACUUUUUUUUUUUUUUUUUUUGGUCUUUUUUAUUUUUAUCAGUACCGGGGAUCGAACUCAUGACUGCCUGCUUGCAAGGCAGGUACUUAUGCCGCUGAGCUAAAUCCCCAACCCCUGACAAAAUGAACGUCUAAUAUGCUAGAGAUGAAGGUACAUUUAUUGUGUAUUAUGUUAAUAUAUUGCAAAAUAUAAAAAUCAGCCCCAAAUACCUGAAGCAAAGUGGACUAGUUAACAGAGUUGCAAUUUUGAUACCCUAUUUUCAAAGAUUGGUAGAAGAAUUAGAAAGUCAACAAGGAUAUAAAGUAGUUAGACACCACCAGUCACUGAGUUUACCCAUGACUAAAGGGACUCUUUUUUUUUUUUGUAUCAGGAAUCAAACUCAGGACCCUGUGCUUGCCAGGCAGAGGCUUAUAUUGCUGAGCUAUAUUCCCGGCCCAGUGCUCUUUGUUGUUGUUGUUUUUUGGUGCACAUGAAAUAUUUUCCAGAACAGAACAAAGUUAAGGACAUAGUUUAAUCACAUGUAAAAGUUUAUUUAGAUCAUAAAGUUUUCGGUUUUUUGUUUGUUUUUUGUUGUAGGGGGAAGGUGUUUUGUUUCAUUUCACUUUUUUUGUUUUUGAGACAGGGUCUCACUGUGCAGCCCAGGCUGACCUUGAAUUUAUAGCAAUCUUGCCUCAGCCUCCCGAGUAUGGGAUUACAAGUGUGCACCACCACACCCAGGACAGUUUAUUUUAUAACCACAUGGGUUGAAAUUAGAAAUCUGAGAAAUACUGGAUUUUUUGUUUGUACAUUUUAGAUAUACAUGAUAACAUUUAUCAUAGGGAAUUUAUACUGAUAAAUGAUACCUCUUUCGCUGCUUUUUUUCCCCAUUUCCUUUCCUUCAGCCUUUUUUCUACUCAUUUACAAAAGCAUUGUUUCCAUUUUUUCCCCUUGGGUUUUUUUCUUUUUUUCUUGUUUCUUCCUACAAUUCAUGGAUUAAGUCACAAAUGUAAUUAGAAAAAAAAUUUUUUUUUUCAGACAGGAUUUUGCUAUGUAGUUCAUGCUGGUCUUGAACUCACUAUGUAGUCUAGGUUGGCCUUGAACUUGUGAUGAUCCUCCUGCCUCAGCCCCCCCCCCCAAGUAUUGGUAUUAUUGGUAUGUCACACCAUGCCCAGACAAAUUAUUUUGAAUCAAAUGAAAAUGCAUCAAAAUUUGAGAAUAUUAAUAAUUUUAAAUGGUUGUGUUAGAAAAAAAUUCAGAUCAGUAACCUAAGAUUCCACUUUAAUAUACUAGACAAGAAUAAGCUUAAGAAAACAGAAGAAACUGAUCAGUGAAAAAUCAUUGACAAAAUCUGGGUGUAGUUGUACACACUGGUAAUCCUAGCAUUCAAGGAGGCUGAGGCAGGAAGAUUGCCCAGAGUUUGAAGCUAAUCCAAUCUACAUAUGAAAAUCUUGCCUCUGGGAAAAAUUUUUCAAAAAAACGUAAAGGAAAACAUGGUUCUCUGAAGUGAUUAAUGAAAUUAUGAGUGUCAGCUAGACUAGGGAGCCACUCCUUCCAGUUCUCUUUCCUGUUAGAAGCCCGGCUGAAUAGCAGGUGGUCAUCUGUCAGGCUAGCCAGUGAAAAUUGACUUAUAGCCUCUCUCCAUUCCUCACAUACCACCUGAGCUCUUCUGUCCAAUCAGCAGUGGUGUUAGAUUCUCACAGGCAUGCAAAGCCUGCUGUGAAGUGUGCACUUGAGGGCUCUAGGUUGCUUGUUUGCUUAUGAUGAUCUGAGGUGGAGCUGAGUUGGUGAUGCUAGCAUUGGGUGGCAGGUGCAAAUACAGGUUAACAUUAGCACAGACUUCAGUAAGUGGUGACCAUAAUCUGUUACUUGCAGACAUCAAAACCUUACUGGUGAGUAGCCAGUGACAACUGAGUUGCACUUGGUGGCAAGCUAUAUAGAGGCAGGUGACAUAAUGUACUUCAAUUAUGUUUAUCACCUCUUUCCCAUACAUAGUAUACACUUGUUUCAGUCACAGUUUUGGUAAGCCUAUAAGCUAAUUCUAACCGAAAUGAAUAGAAACCUAACAUCUCUGGAGAGUUUCUUUUGAAAGAAGGCAAGACCUAGUGGAAGACUAAAACUGCCAACAAAGGGAAAGUACAUUUAAGAGAAAAUGUGAGUCCUUACAGGUUCACUGCAAUGUUCAUAUUCUCCCAAGUACAUUUGGUAUAAUGUAUGGUGAACAGCUAGCCAGUGAAGCCAUGAAAUGUUCAAAGUUAAUUUGCUACAUGGAGACCAAGCACCCUGCACCAAAGGAUGAGCCUUAGGAGUUUUUCAAAAGAAGAAAAUAUGACCACAAAGAACAAAAGCAGUUAUUGAAGACCACUUUAUCAGAUGUGUCAGUACUGAGAAUAUCAUUUUUACUGGCUAACUGCAUUGCUGAAGCUAAGAAGCCCUUCACUAUUGGACAAAAGUUGAUCCUGUUGGGGACAUUUGCAAACUUUUAGGACAGGCUGGGAUUCAUAAGGUACCAUGUGUUGUUCUUUUGGCUAGCGUCCUAACUAGAUGAAAUAAUGAAACAGAUGACAUUUGAAUUUGUGGCACUAUUGUUAAAAAAAAAAAAAAAACCAAAGAAACAGAUGACAUUGUUAGGAUUAGUAAAUUGCCAUGGUACACAAUCCAGGUUGAUAAGUCUGCUGAUGUUGACAAGGCAACAGUGCUUAUUGUGUAGCGUUUCACUAUGAUGUGCAUGAGGAUUAUGUUGUGUGCACUUCUGUUGCCAACACUAGCUGCAACCUAUUAGGAAAACUUAAUUGGUCUUUUGUUUCAGUGUAUGCAUGGCUAGUAUGGCUGCUGUGACUGGACAGCUUUCUGGUUUCACUACUCAGGACAAAGGUUGCUUCUGAGUGAGUCUGCACUGUCCUCCAUAGAGAAAUGCUGUCUAGCCAAAAAAUGUCACCUGAACUUAAUGUUUUGCAGGAUGUGAUUACAGUAUCCACAUUAAAGUACAUGCCCGUAGCUUA